GGGGUUUGUAGCAAUGUAGAAUCCACUGAUGGUCUGUCUGGUCGCUCCCCCCCCUUUAUUAGAUCAAGUGUGACAUUCUGUGAUUGGCCACUGCACUGGGCUCCUUGGAACAGAACACUAUUUAAAUAGCACUUACUCCACAUUGAGGAAGAUGCAGGCGUGCAGCAAGGGGAGAUACAGAGGGAGAAGGCAUUCCGAGGAAGAACGCUGGAUGCAUAUUGCAUGACCUAUGGAUGGAGCUAUGUAAAUCCUGAACAAUGGAGUGUUCUUGGAAGGCGGUGGUACUGUUAGUGUUCGCUUCCCUGGGAAUCCAGUACACGGCCAUUAAGUCCUUGAGAACGGCAUUCAAGUCUCCUUGUCAGGUAAUGGGAGGAGAGAGUCGCUGCUUCCAAAGAGACCUCAGAGAUAAUGCGUCAAGGUUAUUGUGUGAAGAUCUUGGCCAAGUCAACAGAAAGCAUAUCAUACUUCUGGCUACCACAAGAAGUGGAUCUUCAUUUCUGGGACAGAUAUUUAACCAGAACCCAGAUAUCUUCUACUUGUAUGAACCUCUUUACCAUGUCCAGAGGGCAUUCACCAAUUCCAGUACCCGGAUGCAGAAACAGAUAGAUAGGAGGUCUCUUCUUGGGGCCUACAGAGAUCUCCUACAUAAUCUCUACAACUGUGACUUUUACUUCCUAGAAAAUUAUCUCAGGCCAGCACCCAAAGAUCACGAGACAACUUCUUUCUUCAGACGGGGUGCUAGCAAUGCUUUAUGUCUACCUCCUGUAUGUGAACAGCUACAUCCAAUAGAAGAACAUCUGUGUUCAAAAAAAUGCCGGACAGUCAACUUGACUUUGGUCUCCAAAUCUUGUCACCAGUAUAAACACAUGGCCAUAAAAACUGUUAGGAUCCCUGAGAUCAAUGACAUAAGAACUCUUGUGGAAGACCCAAGACUGAAUCUAAAGGUUAUCCAUUUGGUAAGGGAUCCAAGAGGUAUUCUAGCAUCAAGGAUUAACACCUUUACAGAUCUUUACAGGGCAUGGAAAAUUUGGAACUCAUCAGGAAGAAAGCCACACCACAUAGACCUAUCACAGAUCACCACCACUUGCACUGAUCUCAGUAAUUCCGUGGAAACUGGUUUUAGCAGGCCUACUUGGUUGAAAGGCAAAUACAUGCUUGUAAGGUAUGAAGACUUAGCAAGAGAUCCAAUAAGGAAGGCUAAAGAGAUGUAUGAGUUUGUAGGCCUGGGGUGGAAAGACAAUGUCCAGAAGUGGAUAGAGCAGAACACAAAUGGUAAUGGAGUUCCCCUCGGAAACUUUAAGUUUACAACAAGCAGGAACGCAGCGGAAACAGCAGAGAACUGGAGACUGCACCUAUGCUUGGAUGUUGUCCUUGCCCUCCAAAACAUGUGCAAUGUAACCUUAUCACUUCUAGGGUACCAAGCGGUGCACUCAGCUCCUCAACUGAAGAACCUCUCGCAUACUCUUGUUGAGCCAAGAAUAUUUUUGCCAUUUACGUAAAAAGAGCGGAGACUGGAGGAUAUUGGCUUCUGUGACUUU